AUAGGGUCAGAUAUAAAAGCCGAAGACUCCUGAAUAUCAAGCAUAUUGGUGAAGGAAAGGUAAGACUCGACAGAAAAAUGAGAAGUCUGGUUUUCGCCAUCGUUCUGGUUCUACUGGUAGCCAGCGGGUCGGCUCUGGAUUGCUACCAUUGCCAACCCAAGAAGGCAGGUGAGGCGUGUGAGGUCACUACGCUGACCUGUCCUGAGAAAAAAGACGCCUGCGUCGCUGUCAAGUUCACCAAAGCCCCAUACGGACACUACCAGAAGUGCACGGCCAUGGCUGACUGUGAGCUUCUGAAGCUGAACGCCUACAUGAACGUCAAAUGCUGCCAGAAUGACCUCUGUAACACCAUGUGAUCCAACUGGCCUUUGACAUUUCACCCUGACAGUAUCCACUCAUGCUGAGAAUGUAUUAGAAGUUUAUGGAUAACAGUUACUGUUCUAUCAAGAUAUAAAAUAAAAAUCUGCAUCAAAUUCA